UGUCAAAUGUCACGGGGCAGGUUACAAAUAGCAUGGGGAUUAGCAACCCCAUCAGCAACUCGUGUUCAAGGGCAGGGAAAGUUAACAGUUUAAUCCCUGGAGCACCAGGAAGGGUGUUUUAUGGCAAAGGAGGUCUGUGUGCACAUACAUAUAUGACCAGGACUGGACAGGGGUGGCAUACUACAGAACUCGAUGUGUGAUCCACUUCAGUCUGGGAGCAAGAGUGAAUGCUCGCUCUCUAGCCAGCCCAGGUGUUCCCACAUCCUGUUGUUGAAAGCUCCCUGUUGGGCUCUAGUUCCAGUGACCCUCCUGUCAAGAUCUCAGAGCAGUAGACGGUCCACCUGCCUUCUGGACUGCGGACGGUGGGGAUCCGGCUCAGCCUCGGACUCGAAUAGUGUCCUCGGCUUUCUCUGUUGAUUUGCCCGAGCUCAACUCUAGCCCAGCUCAGCUCUCCUGCAAUCCCGGGAGCUCUGCGUCUAGGCUGCAAAGGGACCGGCUCCCCUCCCAGCUGCCCGCCACGCGGCCGGCCCGAGCUGCCAGGGGGACAAUCUCAACUCCCUGGUACCCCCAGCUUGGUGGAGCGUGCCAGUCUGCCUCCCCACUCCCCUCUUCCCUUGCGUGCACCCCCUAGUCUUACCGCCUCUAGUUCUGCGCUCGGGCGCCCAGCGCCCAGGCCCCAGGAGGGCAGCACCCGGCGACGGCCAGCUCCCACCGGUCAGCCCUGCCUUGCCCCGCCCGGCCGCCGUGCCCGCGGACCCGGCACCGCCUGGCCCUGUGCACAGGCAGGCGGCCCGCCCUCCGCGCCCGGACGCGCAAAGGGUGUGCGUGGAAGCCAGGCGUGCAGCGGAGAGUUCCAGGACAAGCUCAGAGUCUGAAACUGCAGAAGAGAAGGAGACACAUUUCACCUUCCCGUCGGAAGCCUUUUCUCUUCUGGCCAUGUCUUCCGUAGGAACUGCUGAACCAGAUGGGGACCAGAGGGACAGACAUGUCAGCAAGCUCAUUUUCUUCCUCUUCAUCUUUGGUGCAGUCCUGAUGUGUGUGGGAGUCUUGCUCUCCAUCUUUGGCUACCAGGCAUGCCAAUAUAGGCCCCUUUCACACUGCAGCAUGGUGCUAAAGAUUGCCGGGCCCUCAUGUGCAGUGGUGGGUCUUGGUGUUGUGAUUCUGGCCCGCUCCCGGGCACGCCUGCACCUGCGGGAGGGACAGCGGCGAGGCCACCAGGACCCUGACCAAUCCUUCGUCUGUGGAGAGAGCCGCCAGUUUGCCCAGUGCCUCAUCUUUGGGUUCUUGUUCCUGAUCAGUGGCAUGCUCAUCAGCGUCCUGGGCAUUUGGGUGCCUGGAUGUGGCUCAGACUGGGAACAGGAGCCACUGAAUGAGACAGACACUGGAGAGGCAGAGACCCAGAUCUGUGGCUUCCUGUCUCUGCAGAUCAUGGGGCCCUUGAUUGUGCUUGUGGGACUGUGUUUCUUUGUGGUGGCCCAUGUUAAGAAGAAAAACAACUUGAGUUCAAGCCGAGAUGCCUCUGAAAUGGAAGGGGGGCACAUUCACAGUAUGGAGCCUGUCCACAUCACUGUAGGUGACUCCGUGAUAAUAUUCCCGCCCCCUCCACCCCCUUACUUUCCUGAGUCUUCAGCAGGAACUCGACCUUCUGGGCCCAACAGCUUGCACCACACUGAAAACCCACCUUCCUAUUGCAGUCUUUUUAACUACGGGACCCCAACUCUUGAGAGCCAGGGCGCAGUCUCCGAGAGAGAACAGGAAAUCAUAUACACCAUUUCUGGACCUGGUUCGCCCUCUGAGAGCUCACACCCUGGGCAUCUUCCACUGGACCUGCCUCCUAGAUAUGAAGAGAAAGAAACUGCCCUCGCCACACCCUUGGAUGCACCUUCUGAGCCGUCCCCACCCUGAAUUAUGGAGUUUAGUUUUAUAUAUUUCAUGGAUUUUUUAUUUAAUUUUUUAAUAAAACUACAAUAACAUUG